AUGGACGUCCGAGCGAUGACAAGUCAACAAGUCUGGGCGGAGACACCCGACCCGAGGUGGCGGGGCUUGGCCGCGGCGAGGCAGACGCGCUGGCUGCAGGAGGACGUGCUCGAUCUGCGGGCCGAGCUGGACCGCUUGCGGACGCCCGCGGGUGGGCGCGGGGCAGCGCUUGCCAUGGCCCCAGCGCCUGGUCGGCCAGCUCAGGCGCCACUGCCGGCGCUGCUCCUCCUGCGGUGGCCGCGGCGGGCCCGCCUUGCAGGGCCCUUCGGGGCGUGGCUCAGGAUGGCGCUCAAGGACCGCAGGGUGGAGAGGUUGCGGCGCCUGCACAAGCGGAUCGUCGCCGACGUCCAAAUGCGGCUGUGCGCCCUGGUGCUGCACACCUGGAGGGCGGGGCGGAGCAGGUCGAUCGGCUCCAGGCGCAGCUCCGCGCAGAACGCACCCUCCUGCAGGAAGACUUCGAGCAGCUUCGUGACGUCGUCCUCCGUGGUGUUGGGCAAGUCCCGAUACACCUUCGACGCCUCGAACAGCACGGGGGAAAGGUACAGCUGGUCCAGGGCAAUCUUGACGUUCAGCCUGCGGCACUGGAUCUUGAAGUACCUCGUAAGGACCCGCAGCGUCGUCGCCGCGGCCUGGUGCGCCUCGAUCACGAGGCCCGAGGGCAUCAGCUUGCCGUUCUGCCUGGUGCUGCUGGUGAAGGCCUUCCACGGCUGCUGCACAAUGGAGGCGCGGGCCCCGGCCGUGGCGCCCAACUCCCUGCCCCGGGCGAUGUGGUUCCAGAGCUGCGCCUGCCAGUCGGCCAAGGCUAUCAGCGCCCGCGUGACGGGCGACGCGGACGGCGUCGCGCAGCCCGCGGUCGCAGAACACGUGGGGGACCAGCCCCCUGGGCGCGUCGUGCUCCUCCGCCACGCCGUCGCAGCCGGCGGGUGCAGCGGCCGGGCGGCCGCCAGCUGCCUCCGGGGCGUCCUCGUCGGCGAGCCGCGGAAGAGGCGGCGCUCGGGGUCGCAUAGCGCAGGGGUGGCGGCCCGUGCAAUCCCGCCCGGGGCGCUCGUCCCCGCGAGCGCGCCAAGCAGCAGCGCGGCCGAGCGCGAGAAGGAGACCACGGCGGUGGCCAGCGCCUCUUCGAACACCGACGGCAUCCGCAGGGCGCGUAUGCACUUCGUGAUGGCGCUGAUCAGCGGCGGAAGCACCUCCCGGCAGAACGCCUCGCGCAGAGACUCGGGCAUCCUGUCGGGGGAGGCCAGGGCGGAGCCCAGCGCGAACACGCCAGGGGCCCAGGCCCUGACCACUUUGGCAGCGGGGUGCCCGUCCGAGGUGCCGAAGGGGUUCUCGCUCGGUCUUGGUGACGACGCCCACGAAGAUGCCAGCAAGCACCCAGGCAUCCUUCAGCGGCCUGAGGAUCUGCUCCACGGAGGCAUCCUGGCCCGCGGCCGCGCCCUGCGCUGCCGCCGCCGCCGCGGCGGCAACGGCGGCCUGGAGUGCGCCGGAGCCCCCUUGCUGCACCAGCUCCGCCGCGAGCCAUCGGGCGGUGGGCUGCUCCAUGAUGCCAGAGACAAGCUCAGCCCGCCGCGCGGGCUGCAGCUCGCCGCAGGCAGCGAUCGCGGCCGACAGUGCCUCAGUCAACUUCCCCUGCGAGUUGGGGGUGAGUUUCGGGGCGAUGCGCUGGAACUCCGUGUUGAGAGCUUCAAGUUGCUGGGGGCGCAGGACUCCGUGCCUGCCCAGGCUGACGAGCGUGUCGAGAGCGCGCCGCUGCAGGGAGAUGCCAUCCUUGUCCGCGGGAGGGCUCUCCACGACCGCGAGCAGGCGCUGCAGGACCUGCCCGAGGACGUCUUCACCAAAGUGCCGAUAGAACGGUCGAAGCUGCGGGUGCGCGAGAGGAGCUCCACCCAGCACUGGAACGUGGGCAGCGCCUCGCUCGUGGAGGGCGUCCCCAGGUACUGCAGCCGCCAGAGGCUCCUGUCGGGCUCCAGGUCUCGCUCGGCCACCAGCAGCUCGGCCCGAAGGGAGUGCACGAAGAGCAGGCUCGCGAGCUGCUCCAACGGCGGCCGGGGCGGCGAAUCGCUGCCGUCCCAGCCGUCCUUGCCAACAACUGCUGCCGACUGUGCUCGCGCCAACUGGGCCAUCCCCGAGAGGGCGUCGGCUUGCACGGCCGCCGACGGAUACCUCAGCAGGUGCAUCAGCGUCGGCGAGCAGCUCGGCCACCUGGCGGUGAAACGCGUAGCUGCGCUGGAGCUCCGCCAGCUGGCCCCAGGCGCCGAGCGCGAGGGCCGCGCUGCAAGCCCCGGGCCCCCGCGCCGCCGCCAGCAGCGCGGGCCGCAGCUCCGGUGCGCCCACGGAGCGCCCUGGAGGCUCGCGCACUGCCUCGUCCGGGCCGAAGAGCAGCAGCCAGGCGAAGCGGGGCUCAACGAGGCCGCCGCCGCGGCCUGCGCCGGGCCCGGCGCCCAGCACGGCGCAGAGCAGGAGUGUCGGGGAGACCCGGGCUCGGGGGACCCAGGUGCGCACUCUCGUCUCCUCUCGUGCAGCAUGGGAUACGGCAGUGGGAAGGCUACGGGUUUCAUCGACUGCAAGGCGUGCGGCUACAAAUGGAACUGGGCCAACAAGACGGAAUGUUUCAAGUGCAAGGCCAAGCUCAUGCCGUCAAUUGGAGCACCGCCGCCGCUGUCAGGAGUAUGGGCUGAGAAUCAGAAGUAUUCUACGGGAUGGUCGAAAUUCGGGCGCGGCUGGGCGAAAACGGCACCAUGGCGGAAACACGGCAGCUACAAGUUUUGGAACUGGGAGCACAAGGGCGAGCACGACGAGGCGGCGCAGCUGGCUGACCCGCUCUCCACCACGUCCCUCAUCGCGAGCUUGGCGUCCUACCAGUGUGAUGGCGACGAGACGGGCCCCACGAUCGCGGCCGCCAUGGACACGCUGCGGCGCAAGGCUCAAGCAGAGCAGGCAGCCAAGACAACACCAGCGCCUCCAAAGCCAAGAACGGGGGCACAACUGCUCGGCGAGGCCAACAGAGCGCUCAAGGACAUCGAUCACCACAUCGGCAAGCAAAGACAUAAGCUCGUCGACGCACAGCUCUACCUGGACGACCAAGAAGAGUAUAUGGCCAAGCUCGAGCGUCCACGGGCCGAGACGCUGCAGCAACAGUGGGGGGCCUUGGCGCAGGCCAGCGCGGAGUCGGGCAUCGAGGUGGUCAAGCCCGAGGAGAAGGUUGGCAGCGGCGCGCUCAAGGUCAAUUUCGAGUUCGACGCAUCGCUCUUCGAGGGCCUCGAAGAGUGCGAUGUCACACCCGAAGAGAUGCAAAGUAUUCUGCGGUAG